AUGAACCUAUUUAUUUUGCUAAUAAGUGAGAAAUCGUUAAUUAAUGAACUCCAAAAUGAUAUAUCAGCUGUUUUCUUUUAGUCAUCAGGACAUUUUCAGAAGCCUAUUACUCUCCCUCCACUUUUCACUGAUUUAUAACUUCUUAUUGCUCAAAUUCUUGUUACUUUACACUCUGUUUCCAUUUAAUUAUCACAAAUUCUACUUUUUGAUAUCUACUAAAAAUCAAUCAAAUGA